AUGACGGCCGUCUCCCCAAAAAUUAUAUCGAGCCUAUGCACCUAAAUAUCCACAGGCUUCGAUGUUCGGCAGUGCGGCCUACGAGUUUUUCAACGGACAUCGCAUCGAUCACAGCGAUCGUGAACUGCGCAACGUCCUGUUAUGUGAGGAUGGGUCCUUACUUUUGAUCGAUUGA